AUGAUGAGCUUCUGGACCGUGUAUGUUGUCAUUGAUGCCCUCGACGAGUGUGCUGAUCGAGAUGGCACUCGCGGCCAGUUUUUGGGCAAGCUACUCGAUUUACAACAGGAGUUUGAUGUGCGACUGAUGGUUACCUCGCGCGAUAACCCCGACAUAGUGAGCCAGUUCAAGUAUUCGCUGACGCUGGAGAUUCAGGCCAGUCCUGCGGAUGUGAAGCGGUACACCGGCUCCCUAAAUUUGUGCAACGCGACGAGAAGCUACAGGGAGAAGUGGAAGAUAAGAUUGGUGAGGCAGUGGAUGGCAUGUUAG